UUAGCAGAACUGUGACUUGGAAGCAGAAGUGAAGAAUUAACAUUGGUUUUGUCUGAAACUAAGGCAGAUUGUUUUAACAUGCAUAGCUGUAUGUGUCUAAUUAGAGUGGGGCCCAAUAGUCAUCUUUCCACUCUGGAAUGAAAUACUGAGGCUUUUUAUUAGAAUGAAAGGUUAAUGAAUUUCACUGCUAUACUCACUCUUGAAUAUUUGCAAGAACAAUGAAGACUGACUUUGGACUAUCAUGUUUCUAAGUGGGAUUGAAAGCUCAACAUGGUUCUUUAUAAAGAAUGAUGGAAAUCAGUCCAUGUACUAUAUCUAUCAGCACCUAAAUAGAAGUUAUAGUAUAUGAAAAGAACUAAAAAUUGGUCUCACAACUAAAAGUGCUAAAUUUAUAGUGCAUGUGCUACCCCACCCACCUCCAAAUUCAUCAUCUUCUCUGCUACCUCAACAAUAAUUCCUAGAAGAAUAACUACCACCCUUCAUUUAUACCUGCUCAGGAGGAUAUUUUUAAUAGAAAAUGCUCAGAUGAUUAGAGAAGUAGAAGUAGACAAAGUGUCCAUGUUGCCCAGGAAACAAGUGGAAGCAAUCAAAAAACUAUGGGAUGACCCUGGAAUCCAGGAGUGUUAUGAUCGAAGAAGAGAAUACCAACUCUCGGAUUCAGCUAAAUAUUACCUGAGUGAUAUUGACCGGAUUGCCAUGCCAUCAUUUGUGCCAACACAACAAGAUGUUCUUCGUGUCCGAGUGCCCACAACUGGAAUUAUUGAAUAUCCCUUUGAUUUAGAAAAUAUCAUCUUUCGGAUGGUGGAUGUUGGAGGCCAGAGGUCUGAGAGACGGAAAUGGAUCCACUGCUUUGAAAGUGUCACCUCCAUCAUUUUCUUAGUAGCUCUGAGUGAAUAUGAUCAAGUCCUGGCUGAAUGUGACAAUGAGAAUCGCAUGGAAGAGAGCAAAGCCUUAUUUAAAACCAUCAUCACUUACCCAUGGUUCCUGAAUUCAUCAGUGAUUUUGUUCUUAAACAAAAAAGAUCUUUUAGAGGAGAAAAUCAUGUACUCCCAUCUUAUCAGCUAUUUUCCAGAAUACACAGGACCUAAACAGGAUGUCAAAGCUGCCAGAGACUUCAUCUUGAAGCUUUAUCAAGACCAGAAUCCAGACAAAGAGAAAGUUAUCUAUUCCCACUUCACAUGUGCAACAGAUACAGAAAACAUCCGCUUUGUGUUCGCAGCAGUCAAAGACACUAUUCUACAGUUAAAUCUGAGGGAAUUCAAUCUUGUUUAAAGGCUGCAUUCUUUUUUCUCUCUGCAAUGAGAGAAGGGUUGUUUUUUUGGUUUGGUUUGAUUUUUUUGCAUCUUGGUUUUUUCUGCAAAUGCUUCUCAGAUUCUCUAUUGCCCUACGCAUUACACUGUGACUCACAUAGGUAACCAGCCUCCUAUGGAAAACAAGUCUGAGCACCAAAUCCACUCAGUUUAUUUAAUAACUGCUACAGGCUUAGAGUAAUAAAGAAAUGGGCAAUGGAGCUUAGAGGAAAGCAUGCAAAAGUUUACUGAUGCCUUAAAAAUUUUAAAAACUUUUAAAUUUGA